AUGGAGGGAGACUUCAUCACUUUACCCGAUUUCUCACUAGAAGACAUUGAUUUCGACUUUAAUAUUUACGAAGCUGAUGAUAUGAUCAUGGAUUCACAGAGAGCUCAAGAACGUUCAUCAUCACAUUUUGAUCAUCAUCAAAUGCAUCUUGAGUUCCUUAGAGAGAAGCUACCAAAGUCUGCGGACGUGAAGCCUAUGAUGAAGAUCAUCAACAACAACAAUGUCCCAAGAUUGAUUUCUUUUGAUUUCUCUAGUAAUGUUUCUUCUUCCCCAGCUCAUGUGGAUGAGAUCUUUAGGGACAAAUUAGUUGAACGUGGAACCAAAAGAAAGACAUGUUCUCACGGGACAAGAUCUCCAGUUCUUGCCAAAGAACAUGUUCUAGCCGAGAGAAAGCGCCGCGAGAAGCUUUCUGAAAAGUUCAUCGCCCUUUCAGCUCUACUUCCCGGUCUUAAGAAGGCGGAUAAGGUAACGGUUCUUGAUGACGCGAUUUCACGUAUGAAACAACUCCAAGAACAAAUAAGAAAGCUCAAAGAAGAGAAAGAAGCAAAAAGAGAAAUGGAGUCCAUGAUUCUUGUGAAGAGAUCUAAAGUCCUAUUCGACGAGGAGACUGAUCUUUCAUCAUCUUGUCCUUCAGACAAUUAUCAUAACCAAUUAUUCAAUCAAGCUUUGCCAGAAAUCGAAGCGAAAAUAUCUCAAAACGACGUUCUCAUCCGAAUCCACUGCGAGAAAAGCAAAGGGUGCAUGAUUAACAUACUUAACACUAUCGAAAAUCUUCAACUGCGAAUCGAAAAUAGUAUCGUAUUGCCGUUCGGAGACUCCACUCUCGACAUCACAGUCCUUGCACAGAUGGAUAAAGAUGGCUCGGUGAGUGUAGUUAAGGAUCUUGUAAGGAACCUGAGAGUAGCACUGGUUAAUUAGUAUCUUCUUUGAAAGUUUUAGUAAACUUCUGGACUGUACAAAUGUUUUCUUGAAUGUGAUGUCGUUGUCUUCUAGGAUCUUUCUUUUUGUUUCUCACGUGUAGUUUCACGUGUUUGAUGAAUUUUCUAGGCGAUGGUCAUGUCUUUAGUGGUUGAAACUAAAUUUAAUCUAGAUGUUUUGUUUUAAUAAAAUACUAAUGUA